GACGUACCAUGUCGCAGCGCAGUCCUUUAGUUGCUACUGCUGUGACAGUGUUUGCCGGCAGUCGACCAUAGCUACAGUGAAGUGUCAAUCAAACUGGUGGUGCUGUCUGGACAUGCCAUCUUCUUGGGAAUCUCUGGAUGAACACUGGAAGCAACGUGCUCAGUAUGAACUCAAGGAAGAUCCAACAAAGAUAGAAGCCAACAUUUGUGCUCUGAGGGCACUUGUGCAAGGAGAAAAAGGCUUAUAUUCAAGGACUGAUGACACUUUCCUCUUAACUUUCUUAAGAGCAAGGAAACACAAUGUGAAUGAAGCCUUCAAAAUGCUUGAAAACUUCUACGAAAUGAAGGAGUCUUUUCCAGAACACCUUGAACCAUACCUUCCAUCAGAGAAAAGUAACAUUUAUGAUAUAGAAGGAAUGACUGUUUUAGAACAAAAAGAUGAUGAUGAAAGAGCUGUAGUCAUCAUAAGAGUGGAAAACACAGAUUUCAGAAAAGUUACAGUAGAAGAGUGUUUCCAGCUAAUAACAACAGUGCUUUUAUUUUGUUGUGAAGAUCAAUAUGUUCAAAUUUCUGGUAUAACUGUCAUUGUGGAUCUAAAAGGAUUUGGAUUUCAACACGCAAUUCGUGGAACACCAAAAACUUUGUCUUUAUUUAUUAAAAUGUUUCAGGGUAGUUUUCCACUAAGGCUUAAAAGUGUUCAUAUUGUAAACCAUCCAAAACUUUUUGCACCUUUUUUUACAUUGGCAAAGCAGUUUAUGAAAGAAAAGAUGAGGAGAAGGAUUCACUUUCAUGGUACUGACAUGUCUUCACUGCACACACACAUACCUUAUGAAAUUUUACCACAACAACUGGGAGGAAUGCUUCCAAAUUUCAAUUUCACUAGUUUCAGAAAUAAACUUCAACAACAUGAAGAUAAGAUUGCAGCAUGGCGCAAGUAUGGAUAUGGCAAGAAACCUCAAGAAGAUACACAAAAUUGAAUUUUUAAAUGAAUUAGGAUGUUAUGUAUGCUGCAAGAAAAAAUAUGUUCAUAUAUACAACAGUAACAAAGCCAUUUGCAGUACCAGCACAGCAAGGGCGUUUUGGUUGAUGUUCCAAGGCCAGAUCAGUCAAUCAUCCAGACUGUUGCCCCUGCAACUACUGAAAAGGCUGCUGUCCAUCUUCAGGAACCACACAUUUGUCUGGCCUCUCAACAGAUACCCCUCCUACAGUACAGCUAUCUGUAUCGCUGCGGCAUGCAAGCCUCCCAACCAAUGGUACGCGUAGAGUCCCGGCUGGUGGUGAUAAUGUUCCCCGGCUGCCCGCCCGUCUAAUGGGCCAGCCGGCCAGCUGCACGCCACUGGCUGGCCAGCUGCACGCCGCUGAAUCAGUUGCAUUUUAACGAUGUAUCAACCU